GGUUUAGUUUAAUUCUCCUAUAUUAGAUAUUUGGUUGUUGUGGAAAUACGUCACUAAAUGUUGCAAUUGACAUUCUAACAGACAAUUAAAACCCUAAGAAGAUUUUUGCUCUAGUAAUUGUUGUUUUCCAAAGAAUUUAUAGGAAAAGGUUAUGUGUUUCUAGAAUGCCGGAUAGCCUAUCUUUGUUUCAUGAAAAAUGGAUCCAAUACUGUCAUCAGUUGAUAAAUAACUUCUCCAACACAACAUCUAAUACUAAUCUAAGUUUUAGAGACUUUGAAAAUCACUGGAAAUGUGUCAAUUUGAAGCUGAUGUUUUGUAAACACAGCAUUGAAGAAUUGUGUACAUUGGUAAGUGAGCUAUUCAACGUGGGAAAAUAUUUUCUGCUCUUACAGCAGCCAUUGGCGUCAAGGGUUGGUGGACUCUACCUACUGUUUGCAUUAUACUUCACUCAACGAACUAGAAACAGAAUCCGUUUAACAUUAAAUGAGCUAAAAGCAUUAAUUGCAUUUUUGGAUGAAUUGAAAAAAAGAAAUAUGAGUGAACAACAGUUCAUCUUCUACAAACUUUUCCUGAAAAAAGCCUUUGUUUUUGCUUCAACACCUAACCAAUUUGUCAAUCAGACGCGUCAGUCGAAGGAAGAUGCAGAUAUUAUUGGAAAUUUGUUGGAUAGCUGUAAGUGUGGGUUGCUCCAAUCUCACGGCCUAUCAGUAGAUGAGCUUGAUAAUUUGGACAAAAGGUUGAAUAAAUACCAAGAAAUUAAAUCUCAAAUACCAGGAUUCUGUAACUCGUAUUGCAAACCUGCUGCCACCGAUGGCUUUGUUUCGGAAUACCAGUAAAGUGGGUGUAUCCAAGAACCCUUAACGUAAAACAGUGUUCGGAGGUUAAACGUCUUCGGUUCGGCUCCUAGAUGGAUGAAGUGCUGCGUUGUGGACCAAAUUCACAUUAAAGUUACAAAUUCUUCCCUCUGAAUAACCUGAAAUGCUUGGGGCAAGUUCGGUGAUCUAGCAGUGUUUCGUACUUGCGUGUUUUAAAAUUAGCUGAAUACGAAAAUAAAUUGUU